AUGGAGAAGCAUAAUAUUCCGCUUGGCACACUCAAGGAGUGUCUCCAAUUCUUGCAAUGGUUACAUAAUGACAGGCUGGGAAAAAAGAUGCAAACCCAGGUGAUCAAGGCUCUGCAUGAGCGUCUUAGUGGCAAGUAUAAAAGUGUUAAUCCGUCACAAAUUCAACAAGCACUCACCAAUUUCCUUAGCAGCGUGUCCAAGUUUCAUACGAAAUUGUGCUACAAAACAACGCCCGGAAGCUAUAGCACUGUAGAUGCACAAAACGUUACCGACGCCCUUCUAGAAUGCAUCCCCAAGUUCUUAGCCGUGAUGUACUUUCUGCGGUACCAGGUGGACCCGGGCUUUGCUGCGCUGGGAGGGGGGUGGAAGGACAAACCAGUUGGGGUGAUUGCACUGUACGCUGCACUUGGUGAACGUGCUGCGGCUUUGACCGGCCCAGUGGACAAGUACCUCACUGCUGAAUCCGGCACUGACUACGGUGGCGUGAUACCUGGUGGCUUCGAUCCAGGGGACCUGAAGCCAGGUUACCAGAGUGGUUACUCUCCUGCUUCUGCCAUGGUCAAAGACAUUCAAAGUAUUCUGAACAAGCAAGAUAAAGUACAAAAUUAUUUCCUCGACGUGUAUUCCACAACAGUAAUUCCAGACUCCGGCGCCGAGACUCCGAAUAUCGCCAACUCUCUGCGUUUGGUGCAAGAUUUUUACGUCUCUUGGCACAAUUUUCACCAAGGACCAUUUUCCUUUACCGGAUAUGCGCGGGAAUACAAUUUCCUUAACGACCAAAAUAUCGCCAAGAAGAUGGCGAGUUGGUUUAAGAAGAAUUUGGGUAAAGUGAAAGAUAGUGUGAAAAAGAUUAAGGCUUUUAGUAGCAUGAAGUUCACGAAGCCGAAGAGGGGAAGUAGAGCCCUGUCUUCGUCUCAGUCCAAAGCCCUUCAUACUUAUUUCACGCAAAACUUUAUUCCCUACGGAUUCACGUUUUAUGGCAACCAUUACACCAACAAUAAUGCUCCGUAUGGUCUUUUACAAACGGAGUGGGACAGUGCAAUCAGUGAGCUUGGGAAAACCGGUGAAGGAUUGCAGAGACUUGUUGACAUUCUGAAUGGUGCGGAAUGUAUAGCACAAGAGGAAAAAAAGCAACAAAGGCAACAGAGGCGAAAUGGAAAUCAAAAUCAAGAUGGUGAACAACAAACUGAAAAUGAACCAGAUGAAGAAAUAGAUGAAGAGGAAGAGGAGGAGCCUCCGGAUGUAGAGUUAAAGGAGGAUGGAAAGACGGCUGAAAUUCCCAAACCAGCAGCCCCAAAGCCUGUGGCCGCAAGGCCUGAGGCGGCGAAGCCGACUGAAACUAAGGGUGGUGAGGGAGCGCAGAACCAGGGCAAGAAGGCGGAGGGAGCACAGGACCAGGGGAAGAAAGCGGAGGGAGCACAGAACCAGGGGAAGAAAGCGGAGGGAGCACAGAACCAGGGGAAGAAAGCGGAGGGAGCACAGAACCAGGGAAGAAAGCGGAUAGAACUUCAAGUCAGAAUAAUGGCCAAAGUGACGGAAGUUCUCCACUUUCACCAGUUGGACAGCCUUCAGCUCCAGCUCCGCCUUCCGGUAUGGAUGGAGGGUCAGGACCGAAAGGGCAUAGUGGUAGUCAAGGCAAGCCAGGGCCUAAUGGUGAUCGAGGACAGCAAGGUCCUCCUGACGAGUCAACAAACUGUUCAUCCUCAUCAAGUUGCUACUCCAAGACCGCCAGCUCCUCCCCCUCCCACCAUUGCUUCUGCAGACCCUGGCUCCACUAGUCAGCCAGGUCCCACGGAUCAGGAUUCACCGUCCGAUACGUCUCCAGGUAAACAGCCUGCUGUCUCUCAAGUCACUGAGCUUGCUCAGCCUUCGAGUGUUCCAGGUCAAGGCUCUGGGCCAACUGGUGAUCAGGAGGUUGGUACACAAGGUAGUCAAGGUGGUGGUCAUCCAACAAGUCAAGUCACUACUCAAAAUACAAGCAGCGGCGCUACUCCGUCGGUUACCACGGCGCCUGGUGGAGGUGGGAGUGGAUCAUUAAGUAGUGGGAGUUUCGGUGCAGGGUCUGGUGGGAAGGGCAUUGGCCAGCAUGGUGGGACGUCUAUUGAUCGUCAAAAUGUAUGUCCUCCUAGUAGCAAAUAUACUCCGGUACAUAAUGCCAAAGGUUACAUUUGUUGGCCGCCACCGUCCAUGAAAACUCCUCCCAGAAUCAUACCUUAUGACCAGAGGCCUUCGUCUUUAAUUUUGAAAGACCUUGGAGAAAGGGAAAAACGAGCCGAAAUGGAGCAUAGUAAUGCAUUACAGCGGCACAACGAACAAAUGAAAAACUUUCAUAAUUUAAUGUUGUCCGUCGAUGGCUCUCAGAUUCCCACUCCCAAGCCAGGACGCAGCGUGGCCAUCGAUGCGGUGACAGGCCACGCCUUGCCGGAUGCCUCUGACGCAUUCUUAAAAAGUAAAGAAGAGGCGGACAACAGGUGGCAUAAUAAGCGGCAAAUUCAAUUUAUGAAGGUUAUUCAAGAAGAUAUUCAAAAUCAGCAUAAGAAUUCGAAUGAUGAUGCAUUAUUCAUGUCAGGUAAUGCAAUUAAACUUCCACAACCCGCCCACUUGGAAGGGAGCCUUCUGAAAACUGAUUUAAGCCCUACCUCCAAGUGGCAACACGACGCAUACAAACAAAAUUUUACGAAACAUCCUGAAGUCCAUGGUGCUAUAAUCCCCGCCCCUAUUCCAACAGCCACACCACGAAUCUCACCAUUGGAUGCUAUGCCAACAGGUCACCCUAUAAAGCCGCCAAAGAUUCCGAAUACACCUCCCAAAUUUCCUCCGCCUCCACCACCACAAUCGCUGCCGCAGCCAAUUACUAUGCGUCCAACAGGCGUUGGUAUGCCUGCAUAUAAACAUCCUCCUCUAGUGCCGGCAGCUCCUAUCGCAGCUGCGCAAUUUGACGACCAAGCCAUGGAUCAAUUUUUAAAUAUCUCCGGUGCCAGCCUGACGAAUUCUAGCAAAAUACAUGCCUACGUGCCCGUACUCCAGGGGAUAGACACACCAGUGCCGCCAUAUGUUCUCGAUGGAGUGCCUAUCGAAGAUCCAUAUUCUCCUUUAUCCCCUAUCCACCCUGUUGAGUUAGAACCUCCACCCCCCCAUCCUACGAUUGACAUAGAAAUUGAGAAGCCAUUCUACCCCGGCAAAAUAUACGAAAAUGAAGAACGGAAAAGCAUGCCCCCUCCGUCAGUUGCGAUUCCUCCAGCUGUGCCGGCGGAUACCCAUCCUGGGAUCUCCCACGACCCACCCCGGUUGGCAAGGAUACAAGAUAUUGCAAUAUUUUCUAACCCCUAUCAAUGCCGCAACCCCUGGUACGUUCCUGACUCCUCCACCAUUUCCGUCACUCCAACUCCAUCCCCUCCCCCUCCCCCAGCCUCUGACCACCUGCCCCCUCCUAAGACCGUCAGGGAAAUGCUCCACUGGCUGGUUGGAUUGAAUCAAUAUGGGUAUGUUGCGAUUAUUAAGGAGCAUGUUAAAGGCAUUUUAGAAGACAUCAACAAAGACCUCUCACAAUCACCAGAUGCCCUUGACAUCACUGGGAAACCAUACACUCUGGAAGCUUCCCAUGUCGCCGGUACCCUGACUGAGGCGUGUCUCUACUCGGCCAACGUUCUCCACAAGAUUAAACACAAGGACAAUUCGAAGGCUGUUUCAGUCCCUGAUUUCAGCUCAGAAUAUUCCAAGCUUUAUUAUGCCUCGGACCCCGCCUGCCUCCUCUGCCAGCUGCGGGACUACGUCUACGCCUGCUGCCACCAGCUGGCGUUCCUAAAGUCGCAGUGUUCUCGGGAUCAAUCACAUGGUGGUUGGCAGGAUUGUCAAUAUGGCAGUGAUGUCAAGAUGCCGUCCCCCCUCCAGGCCUUCCUGACUGACGCCCCCGACUCCAAGUUCAAGACGCAACCCUUCGACCCGUGCAACAUCUGCCGCAAGAGCCGUGUCAACAUGGGAUUCAGAGAGGAGGAUUUGCCUGCAUCUCAGCAAACCGGCAAACAUAUUUCCACCAUCCUCUCUCCCAGCUGCGGCGGCGAGGAUCCCCUGCUGACAUUGUCCUCUUACCUCAACUGCCUCACCAGGCGGACGCCGCGCACAACCGGGGAGCUUGUCUCUUUCUUCCACAAUUUCGGAAGUGCUCUUCACAGGUCUCCUUCACAGCUGUCUCCACUGGGCUCCGCCCUCUCCGAGCCACAUCCUCACUGCCCCGACUGGGACGCUCUUGCUGCCGACGACCUCAAUGCCAUCCAGUACAUCCGGGGCCCCGCCCCUCCCACCUCCAACCACGACAAGGACCAUCCCAAGACCCUGUCCGCAAUAAUUGGCUGCGGCAUCGAUAAUGUCGACAGCCCACAACUCAUGAAGACCAUCACCUACCGGGCCUACGCCCUGUACUCUUCCAGCUUCGUCCACCACUACCUCAGCUGGGCGGUGUACCUGCCAGACAGACUGUGGUACUCCCUGCUCAGGCUGCACUCUGAUCUCGAGAACCUUCAAUGUCACGACGCCAAGUCCAAGUCCCUCCACCAGUGUACCAAGGCCCUGCCGCUGCUCUACUCUCACGGCAUCACGCCGCCAGACGGGACAGUGCAGUCCUCACUCACGUGUUCGGCUGCCGUCACCAAGCUGGGAGAUGUGGUCGCCGGAAAGCCUAUCGCAAGCCUCAUGACCGCCAUGGACGAGUUCCUCCACAGAGUCCGGGAGCCCUUCCUCUACACUGUGUUCACAGUGUGGCUCAUCGCCACGCUCUACAUCGCCCACUCACUGCUCUACCGCAUGGACGUGCUGCACAUCCGCUCCCAUCUUUUCACCACCAGGGCCUCCCACCUCAUCGACGUCAAGGCCUUACUCACUAAAGGCCGGAAAAUGCUGUCACUGUACAAAGACGUGGAUUACUUCGACGACGACGUUCACUCGUGA